AUGGCUUUAGCUCAGCAACAGUUUAAGGGGCUUUGCUUCCGUUUUCGGAAAUGGAAUACAGAAAUGGCCGUUGAGGGGGCCCCUUCCUAUAGUCAGCUACGGUUCCUUGUGGAGCAGCACUGGUAUAAACAGUGGGAAGUAUACGUGCAGGGAAGGGACCAGGACUCCAGCACCUUCCCUGGCUGUAUCAACAAUGCCCAGCUCUUUGAAGACCAAGUAAAGUGGCACCUCGAGAAAGGACUGGUGGAAGGUGAGGACUAUGUGCUUCUCCCAGCGGCUGCUUGGCAAUACCUGGUCAGUUGGUAUGGUCUGAAGCAUAGCCAGCCACCCAUUGAAUGCAAGGUUGUGGAGCUGCCCGACAUCCAGAAGGUUGAGGCCUGUCCAGUAGAGCUGCUGCUCUUUCAGCACAGUGAUACGAGCAUACUUCACACUGCCCAGUUCAACCAUACAGAUUCUUCUGUUGGUGAGUCUUAA